GUUGGGUUCUGAGAAAGCAGAGGUGGGUCAACAGGAGGGACAGUGAGGGAUCAGGACUGGGACCCCAGAAAAGGAAGAAGGACAGAAAGGGGUUAUGUCUCAGAGGUUGUGCUGGUGGUUCAGAGAAAGGGUCAUGAUCUCUAAAGAGAAGCUGGUCAGGGAUCUAGGGAUGGGUGGGGAAUUUGAACAGAAGAAUUUUCAAGGAAUAUUUUAGGGGUCCUUUACAAUGAAGAAGAUUCUAAAAAAAUUUUCGGGGCCUUAGCUGACUCAGAAGUUGGGGUGUUGUUUGUUGGUAGCAUUAUGAAUAAACAGAUUACAGGGUCUUGCUUGAGAAGACUAACUGAGGAAUCUAUCUGGAUGAGAGUCCUUCCUCUCUUUGAGCUCCAUAGUAUAAGACCUCUGGAGUUCUAGUUCCAGUUAUACUACUUAUUAUCUCUGACUCAGCCACUUUACCCCUUAACAGUUUUCUUCAUCUUCAAACAGAAUGAUAAUGAGGCUAACAUAUACAAUAUGCCAAUUGGUGCUAGCACACAGUAGGUACUCAAAAAAUGAAAUAUUAUUAUUGUGUUACAGAGAGAAUUUCAAGGCUAAAUAGUAGGAUGUGCUUUGGAUGGAGGGUACCAACCACACCUCAAGGGAUCAGACAGAACUCUAUGAUGACUCAGAUGUAGGAAGGUCAGUUCCUAGACUGCUGUAAUGUCUACAGGAGAAAGGAUGGGCUGUGAACAGCACCAAGGAGGACGUUGAAGCUAUGGGUUUCUCUGAACCGCCGAGGAGCGUUCGCGAUGAAUCUUCAGCGCUGGAGCGGGAAACGGCGGCGUUCAACGUCAGGCUCAGACACCUUCUCGGGGAGCGGCGGUGACAGCAGUGACAGCCCGCUGCCCCCGUCGAGGCCGGUGCUGAGCCCGCCCCCGGGCCUCGCACGCAGCCUGAAGAACCGUGGCCGGCCGCCGGCCGCAGCUGCAGGGGAAUGCAAGCAGACAGAUCCUGACGAUCAAAUAGACAAACUGCUACUGGCAAAUUGGGGACUUCCUGGAGCAGUUCUGGAGAAAUAUCACAGUUUUGGUGUAAAAAAGAUGUUUGAAUGGCAGGCAGAGUGCCUUUUGCUUGGAGGAGUCUUGGAAGGAAAGAAUUUAGUCUAUUCAGCUCCUACAAGUGCUGGGAAGACUCUUGUUGCUGAAUUGCUUGUUUUGAAGCGGGUUUUGGAAAUGCGAAAGAAAGCUUUGUUUAUUCUGCCCUUUGUCUCUGUGGCUAAAGAGAAGAAAUACUAUCUCCAGAGUCUAUUUCAGGAAGUAGGAAUAACAGUAGCUGGUUAUAUGGGCAGUACCUCUCCAACAGGGCGCUUCUCGUCCAUGGAUGUUGCUGUCUGCACAAUUGAGAGAGCCAAUAGUUUGAUCAAUCGCCUAAUAGAGGAAAAUAAGAUGGAUCUAUUAGGAAUGGUGGUUGUGGAUGAAUUGCAUAUGUUGGGAGACUCUCACCGAGGGUAUCUGCUGGAACUUUUGCUGACCAAGAUUUGCUAUAUUACUCAGAAAUCAGCAUCUUGCCAAGCAGAUUUAGCCAGUACUCUGUCUAAUGCUGUGCAGAUCGUUGGCAUGAGUGCUACUCUUCCUAAUUUGGAGCUUGUGGCUUCCUGGUUGAAUGCUGAACUCUACCAUACUGACUUUCGUCCUGUACCACUGUUGGAGUCAGUAAAAAUUGGAAAUUCCAUAUAUGACUCUUCAAUGAAGCUUGUUAGGGAAUUUCAACCCAUGUUACAAGUGAAAGGAGAUGAAGACCACGUUGUUAGUUUAUGUUAUGAGACCAUUUGUGAUAACCAUUCAGUAUUACUUUUUUGUCCAUCAAAGAAAUGGUGUGAGAAGCUGGCUGAUAUUAUUGCCCAUGAGUUUUACAGUCUACACCAUCAAGCUGAGAGAUUGGUUAGAUCAUCUGAACUUCCACCAGUGAUACUGGAACAAAAGGGCCUCUUAGAAGUAAUGGAUCAGUUAAAACGUUCACCUUCAGGACUGGACUCUGUAUUACAAAAGACUGUACCAUGGGGAGUAGCAUUUCAUCAUGCAGGUCUUACUUUUGAGGAGAGGGAUAUCAUUGAAGGAGCCUUUCGUCAAGGUCAGAUUCGUGUCUUAGCAGCAACUUCUACUCUUUCAUCUGGGGUGAAUUUACCUGCACGUCGUGUAAUUAUUCGGACUCCUAUUUUCAGUGGUCGGCCUCUAGAUAUUCUUACUUAUAAGCAGAUGGUUGGUCGUGCUGGUAGGAAAGGAGUAGACACACUAGGUGAGAGUAUAUUAGUUUGUAAGAACUCUGAUAAAUCAAAAGGCAUAGCUCUGCUUCAGGGAUCUCUAAAACCUGUUCGUAGCUGUCUGCAAAGAGGAGAAGGUGAAGUAACUGCAAGCAUGAUAAGAGCUAUUCUGGAGAUAAUAGUUGGUGGAGUGGCUAGUACAUCAGAAGAUAUGCAGACUUAUGCUUCUUGCACAUUUUUGGCUGCAAGUAUGAAAGAAAGGAAGCAGGGAAUUCAGAAAAAUCAAGAUUCUGUUCAACUUGGAGCAAUUGAGGCCUGUGUGAUGUGGUUGCUAGAAAAUGAAUUCAUCCAGAUUACUGAAAGUAGUGAUGGAACUGAAGGAAGAGUGUAUCAUCCAACACAUCUUGGUUUGGCAACUCUUUCUUCUUCACUUUCUCCAACUGAUACUUUAGAUAUUUUUGCUGACCUCCAAAGAGCAAUGAAGGGCUUUGUUUUAGAGAAUGAUCUGCAUAUUGUCUAUCUGGUUACACCUAUGUUUGAAGAUUGGACUAUUAUUGAUUGGUAUCGAUUUUUCUGUUUAUGGGAGAAGCUGCCCAGUUCUAUGAAACGGGUGGCAGAGCUAGUGGGAGUUGAAGAAGGGUUCUUGGCUCGCUGUGUGAAAGGGAAAGUGAUAGCCAGAACCGAGAGACAGCACCGGCAAAUGGCCAUCCACAGAAGGUUUUUUACCAGUCUUGUGCUAUUGGAUUUAAUAAGUGAAGUUCCCCUAAAGGAAAUUAAUCAGAAGUAUGGAUGCAGUCGUGGACAGAUUCAGUCUUUACAACAGUCAGCUGCUGUUUAUGCAGGGAUGAUUACUGUAUUUUCCAACCGUCUGGGCUGGCACAACAUGGAACUACUACUUUCCCAGUUUCAAAAGCGUCUUACAUUUGGCAUCCAGAGGGAGCUCUGUGACCUGGUCCGUGUGUCCUUACUUAAUGCACAGCGAGCCAGGUCCCUCUAUGCUUUUGGCUUUCUAACUGUUGCAGAUCUUGCCAGAGCAAAUAUUGCUGAGGUGGAGACUGCUCUGAAAAAUGCUGUGCCUUUUAAAAGUGCCCGAAAAGCAGUGGAUGAGGAAGAAGAAGCAGCUGAAGAACGUCGCAAUGUGCGAACUAUUUGGGUGACUGGCAGAAAAGGUUUAACUGAAAGGGAAGCAGCAGCCCUUAUAGUGGAAGAAGCCAGGAUGAUUCUGCAGCAGGACUUAGUUGAAAUGGGAGUGCAAUGGAGUCCAUAUUCACUUUUAAAUUCUGAUACACCGUCAUUGACCAACAGUGAGUCAGAAGUAAAGGAACACAAAUUUAUAUCCCAAACUAAGAGUUCUUGUAAAAGAUUAACAUCAAAGAAAAAAAGUAACACAAUAUUUAGUGUCUGUUCUGUUAAUCAUUUACCAAAUACAAUCCAAGAUACAGAUAAAAGCCAACAGCAUACAAAUUCCUUUGAUUGUAAGUUUCAGGAUGGGAAUCAAGAAUGGCAGGUACAGUCCACUUCCAGAGCAAGAAAAUGGGCUUCUUUGAGUAUCAAUAAAGAGAGGCUAGGAACUUCUUUGAAUGAGGGAAAAGCAAGCACUAAGAAAGUUGUUCAAACUUUCUCAUUUGAGAAAACAAAAAAAGCUUUGAAGUUCAGUUCAGAAAAGAAGAGUACAACUUUUCGAUCUUGGAAACAUACUAAGCAUCUAAAACGACCCAGAGACAGUAGCCCUGUGAAAAACACUGGGAUGUUUAGAACUGAGCUACAAGAACAGACUAUGUCUAAUUCUGUUCAUUGUGAAGACUCAUUUACCUUAGAUGAGAAGAAGAUGGAAUUUAGAAGUCCAGGGCCAUUUGCUAAAAAAAAUGUAUCUUUCUGUGUUGAGGGAAAAUAUAACAAAGCAUCAUUCCCACCACAAACAGAAAAAAAUUAUUCAAGGAACAAAACAAAAUCUAGUGAUAUUCUUGUGGAACAUUUUAUCACAGGAUCCCAGUGUGAAAAAGUGACUUGUCAACUCACUAGUGUGGUUAGUGAAAAUGAGGGAGGAUUAGCUCUUGUUGAGUCAGAAAAAAUAAACAAAGUGCUGAUACAAAAUGAUUCAAAAAGUCAGACUGUUUAUAUGAAACACCAGGAUACCCAUCCAAUUAACCAGUGCCUGGAAAAGCAGUCUGAUAAACACACAAAUACUUAUACCAAACAGAAAAAAGUAAUAGAGAGACAAAUGCCCAGUGAGACAGUCAGUAGUUAUGUGAAUAGAGACUCAAAUAUUAUUAUCAAAAAUGAAAAUACAAAGUUUUAUGCUAAGGAAAAUAAAUUAAAUAAUCUUCAGGUAUCAGGAGAUAAUGUAAGCAGCACUGAGAUACUCAGUGGAGUACAUCUACCAACUGGAGCAUUUGGGAACUCAGGAGACCAGCACGAGAAUUUUCUAAAUAUCUUUGGAAUACAAGAAAAAACAGCUUAUGCAGCAAACAAAACUAAAAAAAAUCAUGUUUCUGGCUUAGGCUUAGCUAGAGCCUGUGACUUUGAAGAUAGUUUAUACCUGGAUACUCAAUCAGAGAAAAUGAUACAACAGAUGGUAAUUGAAAAUACCAAACAAGAAGCAAAGGACAGCAACCUGGCAACAGGGAUGAUGCAGAAGAACUUACACAAGCAGAGCUCUUUUCAGAAUGAUAUUCACAUUGCUUUUCCUGGUGAACAGCAUUCUCCAGGAGUGACAAAUACAGAUCAUUUGGAACUUAAGACUGUGGGUACUUUGAAACAAAGCACUUAUUCACAUGGGGUCGAUAUCCUGACUCUACAAAGUCCAGUUUUUCAUUCUCCAAUACUACUGGGGGAAAGUGGCCCUUGUUUUAAAGGGAAUGAACUUUCUGUUACUGACUCCCAGUUAAAUAGUUUUCUUCAAGGUUAUCAAACACAAGAAACUGUGAAACCAUUUAUAGCUCUGGUUCCUCAAAUGAGAACUCCCACUGAUAUAGAAGUAGAAUGUCUGCCAGUUUCUGAAACAAGUUUAAAUUUGAGUGAUAGUUUACUAUUUGACAGUCUCAGUGAUGACUACCUAGUAAAAGAACAACCACCCAGUAUACACAUGAAAGAACCCCUUUCUUCUGAAAUGUCAGAUCAUUUCAGCAAUUCUCCGUGUCUACAACCAGAGAGCCCAAUCAAAAAAUCAAAUAUGAGUGAAAAUCAAGAUAAUCAGCAGCAGCUGACUUUUUGCAGUGAUGAGUCUAUUAUAUUUUCAGAAAUGGAUUCUUCUCAGGUGGUUGAAGCUUUGGACAAUGUAGGUGUAUUUCCUGUCCAAGGGAAACAUAAUCCUGCAGAAUCUGUUACAGCAUUAGAACUAAGUGAUCCAUUGAUUGUAGGUAAUGCCUAUCCCAAAAGAGAAUUAAUUGGAGGAGAUAAAGAUGAAAAGUCUCAAAAAUCCAAAUUAACUGGGACAAAGCAAAAUAAUUCAUUCUUAUGGUCAGGGGCAUCAUUUGAAUUAAGUCCAGGACUGCAAAGGAUUUUAGAUAAAGUGUCCAGUCCUCUAGAAAGUGAAAAGCAAAAAUUAACUACUAUAAACUUGUCUUGUUUGAAAGGAGAAUAUACAGAGUUAAAUGACAAACAAAAAGUUAUUUCAAAUUUGGAGUCAAAUCAAGUGCAGGGAAUUUCAUUUUCCCCUGAGGAUGAAAAAUCAUCUGUCUUGCCUUAUAAAGAAAGUUGUAUAGUUGAUGACAAUGAACUCAUUCCUCCUACACCCACUCCAGCAUCUGCUUCUAAGAUGGCAUUUCCAAGUAUUCUUAGAACAUCUUCCACAAAAUUUCAGAAAACUAAUAGCGUUUUACAGCUUGAUGAAAGUUACUCACUUGGCUCAUCUUCGGAUAUUAAAAACAAUGAUUUAAGUCCAGAGGGUAGAAAUGGUUUAAAGGACAGCAGUCCUAUUAGAGACACAAGUUUUUCACUGCAGUUAUCACAGGAUGGAUCACAGAUACCUCCAGCCUCAUGCAGUUCAGAAAGUCUGGCCAUAAUUGAUGUAGCAAGUAACCAAGCUCUCUUUCAAACAUUCAUUAAGGAAUGGCAGUGCAAAAAGCGAUUUUCCAUCUCACUGGCUUGUGAAAAGAUCAGUAACUUGACAUCUUCUAAAAGUGCUACUAUUGGUAGUAGGUUUAAGAAAGUUAAUUCACCUCAGGGCACUCCUAUUGGAGAUGAUGGAUUUCCUGUUAAGGGUUGUGAUGACAUCUUGGUGGUUGGGCUGGCAAUAUGCUGGGGUGGAAGAGAUGCCUAUUAUUUUUCAUUGCAGAAGGAACUAAAGCAUUCUGAAAUUAGUGCCAGUUUGGCCCCACCUUCUCUGGAUCCACACCUGACCGUGAAAGACAGAAUGUGGCACCUUCAAUCCUGCUUGCAAAAGGAAUCUGAUAAAGAACGUACUGUUAUCAUCUAUGACUUCAUCCAGAGCUAUAAACUUCUUCUUCUGUCUUGCGGCAUCUCCCUGGAACAAAGUUAUGAAGAUCCUAAAGUGGCAUGCUGGUUACUAGAUCCAGAUUCUAAGGAGCCGACUCUUCACAGCAUAGUUACCAGUUUUCUUCCUCAUGAGCUUCCACUCCUGGAAGGGAUAGAGACUGGCCAAGGAAUUCAAAGCCUAGGACUGAAUGUCAGCACUGAGCAUUCUGGGCGAUACAGAGCAUCUGUGGAAUCCAUUCUUGUCUUCAACUCUAUGAACCAACUCAAUUAUUUGUUGAAGAAGGAAAAUCUUCAAGGUCCCAUAUCCCAUGCAUUUCUGCUCUGGACCCAGGCCUCCAAAGCCAAUCUCCGACUGCCCAGUAAAAUUCCUCCUACUAGAGAUGUUUUCUGUAAAGUGGAAAUGCCAUCGCAGUACUGCUUGGCCUUGUUAGAACUGAAUGGAAUCGGCUUUAGCACUGCAGAAUGUGAAAGUCAGAAACACAUAAUGCAAGCCAAGCUGGAUGCAAUUGAAUCUCAGGCCUAUCAACUAGCUGGCCACAGUUUUUCCUUCACCAGUUCAGACGACAUCGCUGAGGUUUUAUUUUUGGAAUUGAAAUUGCCACCAAAUGGAGAGAUUAAAAACCAAGGCAGUAAGAAAACCUUGGGUUCUACCAGAAGAGGCAAUAACAAUGGACGCAAGCUAAGGCUGGGAAAACAGUUCAGCACUAGUAAGGAUGUUUUAAAUAAAUUAAAAGCAUUACAUCCUUUACCAGGAUUGAUAUUAGAGUGGAGAAGAAUCACUAAUGCUAUUACCAAAGUGGUCUUUCCUCUGCAGCGGGGAAAGCAUCUGAAUCCUUCUCUUGGCAUGGAAAGAAUCUAUCCUGUAUCACAGUCACACACUGCUACGGGACGAAUAACCUUUACAGAACCAAAUAUUCAGAAUGUGCCAAGAGACUUUGAGAUCAAAAUGCCAACACUAGUUGGGGAAAGCCCACCUUCCCAAGCCCUAGGCAAAGGACAAUUUCUCCCGGGCAGAGGGAGAAAUAAGAAGGGCUGUGGCCCAAACCCUGGGCACCAGGCGCAGGCGGAGGAGAGAGCCUCGGACAGAGGGAUGCCGUUUUCCAUCAGCAUGCGACAUGCCUUCGUGCCCUUCCCGGUCAUUUCUAUUUCAGGUGGUUUAAUAUUAGCUGCUGAUUACUCUCAACUUGAACUGAGGAUUUUAGCUCAUUUAUCCCAAGAUAAUCGUCUCAUUCAAGUAUUGAACACUGGAGCUGAUGUUUUCAAGAGUAUUGCAGCUGAAUGGAAGAUGGUCGGGCCAGAGUCUGUUGGGGAUGAUCUGAGGCAACAAGCAAAGCAGAUUUGCUAUGGAAUCAUUUAUGGAAUGGGAGCUAAAUCUUUGGGAGAGCAGAUGGCCAUUAAAGAAAAUGAUGCUGCAUUCUACAUUGACUCCUUCAAAUCCAGAUACACAGGGAUUAAUCAUUUCAUGAGAGAGACAGUGAAGAAUUGUAAAAGAGAUGGGUUUGUUCAGACCAUUUUGGGAAGGCGUAGAUACUUACCAGGAAUCAAAGACGACAACCCUUAUCACAAAGCUCACGCUGAGCGUCAAGCUAUCAACACGACAGUCCAAGGUUCGGCAGCUGAUAUCGUCAAAAUAGCUACAAUUAACAUUCAGAAGCAAUUAGAGACCUUCCAUUCGACCUUCAAAUCCCAUGGACAUCGGGAGGGUGUGGUCCAACAUGAUAGAACAGGAUUGUUACCAAAGAAAAAACUACAAGGGAUGUUCUGUCCAAUCAGAGGAGGCUUCUUCAUCCUUCAACUGCACGAUGAACUCUUAUAUGAAGUGGCAGAAGAGGAUGUCGUUCAGGUAGGUCAGAUCGUAAAGAAUGAAAUGGAAAGUGCCAUAGAACUGUCUGUGAAACUGAAAGUCAAAGUGAAAAUAGGUUCCAGCUGGGGAGAGCUGAAGGACUUUGAUGUGUAAUUGUACAGGUGAUUAAUCAUGUGGAAAGAACAGAGAUUACCCUUUCACCUGCUUCAUGAAAACAGAGACCCUCAAAUCUUGAAAGACAGCAUAGUAAUUUUAGUGAAAAUUUCAAAAUGUGUAUCAGUCUUGAUUCUCUGUAGUGUAAAAACCUUUUUUGGGGGAAGCAAAAUUAUUCACUCUCAAGGAGUAUCUAUGAAAUUGCCUUUUCUAGUUUGGUGUGGUCCUAGACAGAUUCCACACACAUGCUCGAAAUAUGCACUUAGCACUUGGGGUCCUCGUUCCUCUGGGUCGAGCAUAAACAAAGUGGGGCUGCUGCCACAGGGGCAUUUUAGCCUUGCCCAGGAUGUGGACACUGGCAGUAUGGACACCAGCAGGAGCCAUAGGAAGGGAAGGGUUUAUAUUUAUACAUAUCACCAAGGUUAGGCAUUGUGUGUGAUUUUUCUCCAAUGUCAAUUUAAGACUACUGAAGUAGUAUUUUUAAAUAGCAUCAGCUAAUAAAUUAUGAUUCUAUAAAGUGGUAAGAAAGUAUGGAUGUAAUCUAGGAAUGGAUUUUCAUGAAAUGCUGUUUCUUUUUCCUGUUUUUCUCUCCAAUUCAUGCAAUGAAUGUAUUUGCAAUACUAAGGUAUUAUAAAAUAAGCUACCUCUUGAAGAGGUGUCCUGUUCUGUAAGAUCAGAUGUUUAUAUUGAGUUUAAUGUAGUACUGCCAGAGAAGAACAACAGCCCCUUAAAAGUCCCUUAGUGCCUCUUUUCUGUGUUCGUGGCAUGGUGAGAAUACCCAUGCUGAAAAGAUUAUAUUUUAUAAUUCCAGUCAGAAGUGUGUAACUGGCUUAUUUUUGGUUGAAAUAAAAUGAAUUUAUGAGA